AUGUCUACCGAGAACAAGCAACCCCAGGUCAUCGCCAUUGCAGGAGGAGCCGGCAAUCUCGGUCGAUACCUCGUGGAGGAAUUGUUAAAGGAUGAUCGGUUCACCGUCGUCGUGUUGACUCGACAGGACCCUCCCACCCCAACCUCCCCCAACCUGACCUACCACCAAACCGACUACACCCUCCCCUCCCUAACCACCAUCCUCAGCACCACCAACGCCACAACCCUCAUCUCCACCCUCAACCCCCCAGAACACCUCUACCUCCCCCUCCACACAGCCCUCCUCUCCGCCUGCCUCGCCUCCCCGCUCUGCAAACGCCUCAUCCCCUCCGACUGGGCCGGCAACGUCGAAGACCACCCUCUCAGUCCCCGCGCGUACGGCCGCACCCGCGCCCCCUUCCGCGAGAUUCUAGCCCAGACGCCCGGCAUCACGUACACGAGCUUUAAUCUGGGGUGGUUUAUGGAUUAUUUUCUGCCGCCCGAGUACUCGUAUAUGGGGUUUUUGGAGGAUGAGUUUCCGGUUGAUCCGAGGGGGGAGAAAUGGUGUUAUGUGGUGAGGGGGAGUGGGGAGGAAGAGCAGUGUUGGACGCGGGCGAGGGAUGUGGCUAGGGGGGUGGUGAGGUUGUUGGGGGUGGACGAGUGGGAACCUGUCACAUAUAUUACUGGCCAGCGAGGUACAUUUAAUGAGAUGGUGAAGAUUCUAGAACGGUUCUAUGGCCGCCCCUUCACGACUACCCACCGCUCUCUUGAAGACAUCAACCAAUCGCUUGCGAACCCAAGCACCAAGCAUGAGUUGGCGAUCGCCGAGAUCGAAGAAUGGGGCGUCAGUGGCGCCACGGCGUGUCCUGCGGAGAAGACCCGGAGGCAGCAGAAGGAGUACUUCAAGGGGUUGGGGUUCUUGUCGCUGGAGGGGAUGUUGAUUAAAGCGAUGGAGGAGGGGAAGAUUUAA